GUUUCUGUUCUCAGCGGUCACAUCUGAGAGGGUAUACCACAAACCCUCGGAUGCUGGCCUGUGGGACUCGGCAGAGGAUGAGCCCUCUCUCCUUUCAUUGGUGAGCCACUCUUCCCAGCUGCUCUCCUACCAUCCACCAUCCUCAUGUCUACCUUACUCCUCAAUCUGGAUUUUGGCGAACCUCCCCCCAAAAAGGCAUUAGAAGGGAAUGCCAAGCACCAAAGAUUUGUCAGGAAGCGGCGGUUCCUAGAGAGGAGAGGCUUUCUGAAUAAGAAGAAACAGCCCCCUAACAAUGUGCCUAAGUUGCACUCAGAACCAGCAAAGAAAGGGGUAACGCCUCAGGUGGAUGGCGCUUGGAAAACUUCUCCCCUUCCAAAAAAGAAGAAAGCUGCAGACUCAAGCAGUGGGUCAGAGCGGUCCCUGGACAGGAAGGCCUCGGUGCCCUGGCUGACCCCUGCCCCUUCGCAGAAGACUGGUUCUUUUGUGGCGAAAGCGGAUUUGCUGGAGGAGUUCCAGAGUUCCCUUCCAGAGAUUAAGAGCCCCCCAACUCGCCCUCAGAAGAAGAACCCCCAAAAGAACCCUAUUCAGAAGAAUACACCACAUAACUCCACCCUGGCUCGUUCAGAGAAUAAAUCCUCGGGAGCAUCCCAGAAGACGCCAAGGAAGAUGGUGGCAAUUGACUGUGAGAUGGUGGGCACAGGACCCAAGGGGCAUGUGAGUUCCUUGGCUCGAUGUAGCAUCGUCAGCUACAACGGAGAUGUGCUCUACGAUGAGUACGUCCUUCCCCCCUGUCACAUUGUGGACUACCGCACCAGGUGGAGUGGUAUCCGCAAGCAGCACAUGGUGAAUGCUACCCCCUUCAAGAUUGCUCGGGGCCAGAUCUUGAAAAUACUCACAGGGAAGAUAGUGGUGGGACAUGCCAUCCACAAUGACUUCAAAGCCCUUCAGUACUUUCACCCCAAGUCUCUUACCCGUGACACGUCCCAUAUCCCUCUUCUCAACCGGAAGGCUGACUGCCCAGAGAAUGUUACCAUGUCUCUCCAGGGUCUGAGCCCAGAAUUCCUUUGUAGAGAAAUCCAGGCUGGAAAAAGUGGACAUUCCUCUGUGGAAGACGCUCAGGCCACCAUGGAGCUGUACAAGUUGGUGGAAGUUGAGUGGGAGCAGCACCUGGCCCAGAAUUCUCCUAAAGAUUAGCCACAGUGGGGGCACAGGGCAGUGAACCAAUGGAUGGCUCUCCCUGCUCUGCACCUUGGGAAGCUAGAGUUAUUGGGGAGGGUGAGAGGCUCUCCCCCAGACUGAAUAUCCAUUGAAAUCUCACCUCAGGUGUUGUGUUCUGUGUCUGGUUAAGUAUCCCAUGGAAGGAGGAAGUUUCUGUGCCAGUACCCAGCCCUAUACUGUUUACCUCUUAAAUGGUGCUAACCACAGGCCCCAGAGUGCUUUGUUCUAGUCGAGCUUUUUUACUUUCCAGGGCAGGGCAUAUUGGGAAAUUUAGUCUCCCAAACGGCCUUAUCCGAGGGUGCCCAUUGUAUGCCUUCUGUUCUCAAGUGGUGAACAGCACCCCUUUUCACUCUCAAAAGUAUCCUGGUUGGAUGAUAAAUUGUAUGAUCGCAUAUCAGAGUCUACAUCUAAUUUGUGUCAGGAUAUCGCCUAUUUAUCCCACCCUGACUUCCAGGGAAGCCAUCCCUGGUGAGGUGUGGUUUGUAGGAUUACAGGGCAGUCGAGGUAAGAGUGUGACUUGGAAGUCAAUUUUUAUGAUUUAGGAAAGCUGUCUCUUUCCUAAAGCAUGAGAGGAUUUAUUUAACUGAGAUCCCACUUGGUAGGUUAAAAGAUUUAAAAUGUUUAAAUGGUUUUAGUCUUUUUUUCCCCCCUGUCAAGGGUAAAAAUUUUAUUUUUAAAUAUAUUUUUUAUUGUUGAUUGUAUUACAAAUAUCUCCCAUUUCUCCCCUUACCCUUGUCCUCCCAGAAGUUUCUAGGCUUUUACUUUGCUAAACCAAGCCUCUAAAAACUCAAAUUAUUCCCUUGAUAAAUUUUUUUCUUGAUAAAUUUUAAUAAUGGAAAAACAA